AUGGAAGUCCAAAUUGUAAAUAUAGGUACCGUACUUCAAGUAGGCGAUGAUAUUACUCGUAUUUUUGGUCUUGAUGAAGUAAUGACGGGUGAAUUGGUGGAAUUUGAAGAAGGUACUAUAGGUAUUGCUUUGAAUUUGGAAUCCAAAAAUGUUGUUGUAUUAAUGUGUGAUGGUUUGAUUAUACAAGAGGGAAGUUCAGUAAAAGCAACAGGAAGAAUUGUUGCUCAGAUACUAAACGAGCGAGAUGCACGAGUGAAACGAUGA